UCAUUUCAGCGUCUACCCAACGAGAUAAUCUGCCGUGUCCUAGAGUGCUGCUCGAACCAAGCAGUCGCUAGCACCGCAGCGACAUCGCACCACCUCUAUGACAUCGCCAUACCGCUUCUUUACAAGCGACAAGCGAAGCAGGGAAACCACGACAUCACAUUCUGGGCUGCUGAGCAUGGUCGUCUCGGAACUCUGAAGCACAUCGCCGAGUGCAUGACAGUUCGCGUCGUCGCCGCUGAGGAGUGGACGCACAGGGUAUACGACACCUCUGGCGACUUUGACCCCCAGACGGAUGCCGUGGCCGGGUGGUACUGGACGCCGUUACACGUUGCUGCGGAACAUGGACAGGUCGAUGCUGUUGAGUUCCUGCUGGAUCAUGGCGCCGAUAUCGAUGCUCAGUCUUUGACGCAGCGAGACCUGGGCCUUGCAAUCGGUAUAGAUUCCUACAGCAUUGAUUUCCAAGACCGUGGAAUAUUCGAGCUGCCGCCUCCCGUCUCGUUCUCGCCUCUCAUUGCAGCCAUCCAUUGCCGGCGGAACGAUGUGACCGAACUGCUCCUCCGCCGUGGCGCCUCGAUAGAGAUCCGCGAG